CUCGAUAAAACGGGCGGAGCGAGAACACAUCCGGGACUUUUUCGCGUUCUCGGCUUGAUGCGUGAAUGUUCGAAUUGUUUAUAGUUCACAUAGUGACGUCAUAGGUUCAUUUACUGAGCUGUGCGUUAACAUUUGUUAAGUAAAGCCACACUGUAUGUCUGCUGUUUGUGCCGAAGGAUAACCGGUGAACUACCGAUUAACUCACCCUCACUAAACGGUCUGGACUCUGCAGCGUUCAAAGGGCGAUGUUGGCAGUGGUUUUCAGGUCAGCUGUCACCAAAUAUAAGGGGUUGCAGUUGCCUAGUCAAACUGUGGCCAGAGCCAUGUCAUCUUUAGGUGGUGCCACCCCUCCGUACACGACCCUGGCCAUCAGUCGCCCUACAGAGUCCAUCACGCAUGUUGAACUUCACCGGCCUGAGAAACGCAAUGCCAUGAACAGUGCUUUCUGGAGUGAGAUGGUGACUUGCUUUAAUGAGCUCUCUGAGGACGCCCAGUGCAGAGUGGUGGUAGUUUCUGGAGCAGGGAAGCUCUUCACAGCUGGUAUCGAUCUCAUGGACAUGAUGAACAGUGUACUUCAGCCAGAAGGAGACGACACAGCCAGAAUCUCCUGGGGGAUCAAAAAAAAGAUUAAGAAAUUGCAAGAGACCUUCUCCGUCAUAGAGAAGUGCCCGAAGCCUGUUGUGGUGGCCAUCCAUGGAGCCUGUGUAGGAGCAGGUGUUGACAUGAUUACAGCCUGCGACAUUCGCCUGUGUACCCAGGACGCCUGGUUCCAAGUGAAGGAGGUUGACAUUGGACUUGCAGCAGAUGUUGGAACACUCCAGAGACUCCCGAAGGUCAUCGGCAGCCAAAGUCUUGUUAAUGAACUGGCUCUGACAGCAAGAAAGAUGUAUGCUGAUGAAGCUAAGAGCAGUGGACUGGUCAGCCGAGUGUUUGCAGAUAAGGAGGCGAUGAUGGCUGGAGCUCUGGAGAUUGCUGGAGAGAUUGCUGGUCGCAGCCCAGUUGCUGUGCAGGGCACCAAAAUAAACCUCAUCUAUGCCAGAAACCACAGCGUAGCAGAUGGAUUGGAUUACAUUGCCACGUGGAACAUGAGCAUGCUUCAGACUGAAGAUUUGAUGAAAUCAGCUCAGGCAGCCCUCGAGAAGAAGAGUCCCAAAACUAAGACAUACUCUAAACUCUGAACACCAGUGAAGCAAAGCUCAGAUACAGAAAGUGCCUCUUUCCUCCUCCACUAUGGCCUUUCUUACACCAAUUUUAUAAAUCAAAAUUACAUUUACUAGCUGGAGAUCUGUAUCCACACUAGACAGUAUUUUAAUGUCAUUAUGUGUUUAAAAAUUCAUUCAGGUUCAUAUUUCUCCUGCUCUAAUAUCAGAUAUGGAUAAUAUUUAACUAAGGCAAAUCUUAACUGACUGAGCUGAGAAACAUUUUGUACAUCUGUAAAUGACCUUCUGAAUGUUUCCUCAUCAGAGACACUCAUGUGAAAGUGAUUUUAAAUUUCCAGUCUUGGUAGAAUAAAGAGGGCACAUCAGAGGAUAUUUAGAAGGAACAACUGCUCAUUUCUUUCUACCGUGCUGCUGUUGAGUCUGUUGUAAUGCACUGCUUACCAGUGCGGUAUGAAGGCUGUUCUGUAGCAGACAAACAGGCACUGCGAGGAGUGGUGAGAACAGCAGAAAACAAAAAAAUAUGGCUGCGGGCUGCCAUGCCUGGAGGAUACUCAAGCAAGCAAAAAACAUUAUCAGUGAUGGUGUCAGAAUCACCAUCUGAACUGUGGCACUCAGGUAGAGGAAAGAGAUCAGCCAAAACCCACACCUCUAGGUUCAGAGACCGCUCCUUUCCAAACGCCAUCUGUGUCACUUACAUGCACCAAUAAAUGUAUUUUGUUUAUUA